GGCGUGUGGAGUCCAGCAGGGGCCGUCACCGACAGGGUGUUAGGACUGCCUGAAUAAUCCUGUUCGGCUUGGACGGCUGCACCACCGCUCAUUCUGCAGACUCUGCUCAGGCACAACUUGACAUACAGAAGGAGAAGUUUCAUCAAGGCUUGUGGUGCUCUUCUUUAAAGUUUCCUGCUGCUACAUGGUGGCUACAUGGUGACACAAACCUGAAAGAAAGCGGGUGGUGAAGAUGUCAGUGUGGAUCCAGGCCCAGCAGCUGCAGGGCGAUGCUCUGCACCAGAUGCAGUCUCUUUACGGUCAGCACUUCCCCAUUGAAGUGCGACAUUAUCUGUCUCAGUGGAUAGAGAGCCAGCUCUGGGAUGCUAUAGAUGUGGAGAACCCACAGGAGGAGUUCAAGGCUAAACGCCUGCUGGACAGUUUGAUCCAGGAGCUACAGAACAGAGCUGAGCACCAGGUGGGAGAGGACGGCUUCCUACUCAAAAUCAAAUUGGGACACUACGCCAACCAGCUCAAGAGCACGUAUGACCGCUGUUCGCUGGAGUUGGUCCGAUGCAUCAAACACAUCCUGUACACAGAGCAGAGGCUCGUCAGAGAGGCUGCAAAUUCGAGCUCUCCGGUGGCUGGGAUGAUGGACAGCAUGUCUCAGAAAUACCAACAGAUCAACCAAGCUUUUGAGGAGCUUCGCCUGCUGACCCAGGACACUGAUAAUGACCUGCGGAAGCUCCAGCACAACCAGGAAUACUUCAUCAUCCAGUACCAGGAGAGCCUCCGCAUCCAGGCUCAGCUGACCAGCCUGGCAACACUGCCCCCUGCUGACCGUCAGCUACGAGAGCCCGCCCUUCUUAGCAAGAGAGCCACUGUGGAAGCGUGGCUGACCCGAGAGGCCAACACACUACAGAAAUACAGACUGGAUCUGGCAGAGAAGCACCAGAAAACACUGCAGCUAUUGAGGAAGCAACAGGCCAUCAUUCUGGAUGAUGAGCUGAACCAGUGGAAGAGGCGGCAACAGCUGGCAGGCAACGGGGGCCCUCCAGAGGGAGGCCUGGACAUCCUGCAGUCCUGGUGUGAGAAGCUGGCUGAGACUAUCUGGCAGAACAUGCAGCAGAUACGGAGAGCAGAGCACCUCAGACAACAGCUGCCCAUCCCCGGCCCCAUUCAAGAGUUACUCGGCGAACUCAACAGUACUGUCACAGAUAUCAUCAAAUCAUUGGUCAACCGCACCUUUAUUAUAGAGAAACAGCCUCCACAGGUGCUGAAAACCCAGACGAAGUUUGCGGCAACAGUGCGCCUUCUAGUAGGAGGGAAGUUAAAUGUGCACAUGAACCCGCCGCAGGUCAAAGCCACCAUUAUCAGUGAACAGCAAGCCAAGGUUCACAUGAACACAAGAAAUGACAGCAGUGGGGAAAUCCUUAACAAUAACUGUGUGAUGGAGUACCACCAGACCACGGGCACACUCAGCGCUCACUUCAGGAACAUGUCUUUGAAGAGGAUCAAGCGGUCGGACAGACGAGGAGCCGAGUCUGUCACAGAAGAAAAAUUCACCAUUCUGUUCGAGUCCCAGUUUAGUGUUGGAGGCAACGAGCUUGUGUUACAAGUGAAGACCUUAUCGCUUCCCGUAGUAGUCAUUGUUCAUGGUAGCCAAGACAAUAAUGCCACGGCAACUGUGCUAUGGGACAAUGCUUUUGCAGAGCAGGAACGGGUGCCUUUCUUCGUACCGGAUAAGGUGCUUUGGCCUCAGCUGUGUGACGCCAUCAACAUGAAGUACAAGGCUGAAGUGCAGAGUAGCCGAGGCCUGUCUGAGGAGAACCUCGUCUUUCUGGCUCAAAAGGCUUUCAGCAGCUCCAGCAACAACCCUGACGACUACCGCAACAUGACGAUGACCUGGUCCCAGUUUAACAGGGAAAGCCUGCCAGGGAGGAACUUCACAUUUUGGCAGUGGUUUGAUGGUGUGAUGGAACUUACAAAAAAGCAUCUCAAACCACACUGGAAUGAUGGGGCAAUUUUGGGAUUUGUGAAUAAACAGCAAGCUCAGGACAUGCUGAUGUCCAAACCCAAUGGUACUUUCUUGCUGCGCUUUAGUGACUCUGAGAUUGGAGGGGUUACAAUCGCUUGGGUGGCGGAAAAUCCCAACAAAGCAGGAGAGAGAAUGGUUUGGAACCUCAUGCCCUACACAACCAAAGACUUCACCAUCCGCUCUCUGGCUGACCGAAUCAGUGAUCUCAAUCACCUACUUUUCCUCUACCCUGACAGACCUAAGGAUGAGGUUUUCUCCAAAUACUACACCCCACCACUCUCCAAAGCUGUGGAUGGCUACGUAAAACCACAGAUCAAACAAGUUGUGCCAGAGUUUGCUACAGCCAAUCCUGACCCAACAAGUGGGAACUCCACCUAUAUGGAACAAGGCGCCUCCCCGGCACCUGUCAGUCACCCUCACACAUAUGGCAUCUACCCACCUAUGGCGGACCCAAUACUAGACACAGAAGGAGACUUUGACCUGGAUGAUACCAUGGAUGUGGCACGACACGUAGAAGAACUCCUCCGACGACCUGUAGAGUGCCAGUGGGGGGGACAACAAUCAUGAUCGCUAAACUUUUGACCCCAUGACACCAAAUGAACCCUGCCUCACACCUGCAAUGACGUUUCUGAUGGUUCAGAUACAUUCUUUUUUUUUAAAUAGCUGUAAUGUGAAAUGUAAUUAUUGAUUGUGAUAUAUGUAUUUUUUUUCUUCUCAGCAUGACAGCAUGUCAGUGACUUCUCUUUGUCUCAUUUGUUUCUGAACGUGUUUGUAUACAGACAAGCUACAGUGUUAUAGUAAAAAAGUGCAAACAAGAUCUAAUGUUCAUUCACUUUUUUUUUUAAAGGUGAUACUAUGCGAAUUCACUUUAGCAGUUAUUUCAGUUUCAGUUUAUUUUCGUUUAUAUAGCUAUAUAGUUAUGUAUGUUUGUUAUAGUGUCUAGCAAAUGAUUUAAUUUGUAUUUUUGUAGUGAUGAUGAACGUGCCCCUUUUAGGGCAGCGAAGAAGAACCUCACAAUGAAGUGUACAAUCCAUGUUACUGCUCUGCGGCGUUUCAGUCUGCAUACACUAAAGUAACCACAGAAAGCAUCUCGCUUUUUGCAAUUGAUGGCACACAGAACAGCAGAGUACACAUUCACAAGUGUAUGAUGGUGGAAUGUUGUCCAGGAGCUGAAACCUCAGACAAUUUUAUGCACCUCACUCCCUGUCUCAGUACUAUUCAUCUUCUGUUCUGACUAGAAGAUGCAGUCAAACAUUCACUCGGCGCUGCUCCUCAUACUCUCAGGUCCCUCUGUUCCCCACAUCACGGCUACCUCGCACCUUUCUCCUGACAGUUUCUACCCCACGGUCACACGUGGCACCUUCACUGGGUUUGUCCGUGUAGUCUCUUGUAGUAUUUGCCCGAAGGCCUUCUUUGCUGCAUUGGCUGACUUGCACUUGAACCCACUCUCGAAGCACAAAGUGUCACAGGUCUGGCUGUCGCGCCAACGGUCUUGAUAGUGUGCCAUUUCUCCCUGCUUGUCCUGAUGCCUGAUGCUGGCAGCUGUGUUUCUGUGUGACAACAUGAGCUGAUGUGCAGGAUGAAUGCAUGACUGCACAGAAUCACCAGCCACAAUAAAAGCUCAAAGAAAUGC